CAAUGUAACUGCAACAAUCUGUGCUGUAUGGGCAGUGUUCAUGUUUUAUGAACGAGGACGUCAACAAAAUGUGCCCUAUCUCGGGAACAGUGGGGAAUGGGACGUAUGUUCACGUGAACACUUUUGCUUAAAACGACCGAUACCAUCAUCUCCCACAAUAUUGACCCUUCCUCCUGGAACACCCUGUACAUCGAAGUAUUUCACGUCAAUAGAAAAUACAUAUUGCGUCGGGGCCCUAUUAAAAGUUGUCGGAAAUUCUCACGCCGCAAUUACAUGCAGACACGACGAUUACGAUCUUCGAUUCGCGUGCGGCGGAUUUCGCGCUGCGGUUCCGUUAUCGCGCGACCUCGGAUGACAUUUCCCGGAGCUCCGCGGGGCGCGCGCUCCGCCGCGCAGGGAGGCGCAUGCCCCGCCGCCGAGAGCGCGCACAGCGUGGCGACGGCCCUGGCACACCGCGGCGAGAGAUACGCUUUGACGUCCAACAUGGCCACCUGAUGUCUAGCAGACGAUACACACAGGUGGCAUGGGAGAGCUGUAAAUAAAAUCCACCCUCUAGAUUUAAUUAUGAGCGGACGUGUGCAGAAGGAGAGCGCCGACGACUCCGACCGCGUGGACGACGCGGUGGACCCGCGGGUGCAGAUUGAACUCGAAAGAUUGAACACGGCUACGGACGAUAUCAAUAAACUAGAAGUUGACUUAGACGAAGCAAGAGCAACCUUUAGAGAAUUAUUGUGCGAAUCAACAAUCAAGAUCGACACUUUGGCUAAGAAACUUGGAUCUUGCAUCGAGAAAUCCAGACCCUAUUAUGACUCUAGAUUUAAAGCGAAGGAGGCGUUACAAGAGACGCAGAAGGCUGCGAUCAGAUUUGAGAGAGCCAACAGCCAGCAUGCGGCAGCUAAAGAAAUGGUUUACUUAGCCGAGGAGGGACUACGGACCGAAGGGAGAUGCUUUGAUCACGCCUGGCAGGAAAUGUUGAAUCAUGCCACGUCGCGAGUUAAUGAGUCGGAGCACGAGAGAGCUCUCUCCGAGGCGGAGCACAGGCACACGACUGCGUUGUAUCACAAGGCGGAACACGAGGUUCAGAGGUUGCAGCGUGAAUUGAAGCGUGCCAUUGCCAAAUCUAGUAUGGGUGCACGCCGCAGCUUGCUUCUGAUAAACAGUAUCGCCUACAGGCACAACUUGCUCAUGUUGCCUUACUAUGAGAUGAAAGCGCACUUUAAUCAAAUGCUGGAGGAGCAGAAGAUGAAGGUCAGCGCGCUGGAGAGAUCAGUCGGCGAGGCGAAAGCCUCGUACGCGGAAGCGUUACGCAAUCUGGAAAAGAUCAGCGACGAGAUUCACAGGACGAGAAGAUACGACGGUACGGACGAAUAUGACAAGAGCGCACGAGACGCGCCCGAUCGCCCCGGCGGGCAAGUUAACGCGGCAACUCCAACGGACUCCAGCGUGACUGGCUCUCCGGACAGCACGGAUUACACUAGCGACGAAUAUUUACGCCUUCCCGACAAGAUGAGUUCGAACGUGCCAUGUCCCAUGCCUACAAGAAUCGAGAGAGAUUCAUCGUCGGAGUACCUGGGCCUAAACAAUCUCAACCUCUCAUCCACCGAACCUCGUAAAUACAUAAAACGGGACCGUCCACGGAGCAUCGCCGCGACCGACUCGAAACAUAUCGUAUCUCUAAAUCACACUAUCAGUUCGUCUGCGCCGGGCCUGACGGAUCUGUCGAGCGUUAUACCUCCGGUGGAGAAGAGAGUGAAGAUUCAGACACCCGUGAGCGACCGCAAGAAUAAUUGUGCAAAUUCUCAAAAUGGCGAGGAAUGGACGGAGAUUAGCCUGAACAAUUCGCCGGACGAAAUUUACUACAAUAAUGACGUGUAUUCCGAUGAGGAAGAUCAAAUCCCGUACAAGCCGCUACCGAUGGACCUGAGCCCGGAGCUUGCCCAGGCAAUUAACGUCAUCGCCGAGCCGUCGAAGGAGCAAACCAAUCGAAAGAAAUUGGUGACGCAGAAAUCUUUGCCCACGAUGUCGAAAGUGAACGAAGUUACUUUGAGCGAAGAGAAGAAGGCCGAAGUUACGAGAAGUCCGUCGGUGAAGAACAGAAGCAAGCUCGAUAGUAGCUUAGCCAAUUGGAUAACCAGAAGUUCAGCCGGUGGCGAGACCAGUGGCGGUAGUUCCACGAAUUCAAGCAGAAGACAAUCUCUCGAUAUGCUGUGGAGUGGCGGCACCGGCGAACGCGUCAAGGAAUUACUCAAUCACGGUAUGAUGAUGCUAAACAUAUCUAGCUUAACGGAACGACGUUCCAGUGAACCAAAGACAGUGGAGAGAGACAAGGACAAGUCUGAAAAGUUGGAAGUUAAAGGAAAGAAGGUCCCGAGUCCGUUAGAGAAAACAAUGAGUUAUCUCAACGCCGACGAGGAGACGUCGGACAGCGAAAGUUUAGCCAGCGUCGAGAUGCUUACGGAAGAUCAGAUCUCUUCACUCAUGAUGGAGCCGGACAUGAACCAAGUAUGCCAAGAGAUUCUGGGAACUCCGUUGGUCGAAGUGUGCCCGCUGUUGCAACAGUUGCAGCAACAAUAGCCUUAUCGCGGAGGAAUUUGCACGACAAAGUGGCAAAGAUUCAACAAUAGAAAGUGUUCAAGAUCGUUAUAAAAUGGUAACAUAAUUAAGGAACUCCUUUCCGUUAAGACACUGCACACUACCGUGUUACGUUUCCGUCUAUUGCGUGUCGUAAGACUUGUAGAUUUUUUUCUCCAUCAUGUGAUACAGGACAAAGUAAAGGUUGUAUUUUUUAACAGUCGUCAGGUUCGGACGAGGAUAUUUCUCAUAGGUUUUACUCGGUAUCGUCAAGUAAAUCUGUUAGGAAGAUAACAUUCGCUUGGUAGAAGUGUAAUCGGUCGGGGCUCUUAGUCAAUUUAGAAGUUGCGUUAAAAGCGUCUCUCCGUUAACUUUAACUCCUCGGGCACUACGAAGCCUAACGUCAUCUUUUCUGGAUACGCUUACACGAUCGUCUCGGCUUGGCAAGGGAGGACGUUUACGAAUUUACUCUAUGGGAAUCUUUCUAACGUUUAGAAUUGGGUAAAACUGUGGGACGUCAUUCGCUGAGGAAGCAAUAUGUAGUUACUUUUCUAGGACAUUGCGUAGUUCAAUCUAGAUACUUGUACACAAAUUUAUUCCGUGUCGCAGCGACUAUUUUUUGCUUGCGUCUACAUGCGAUCGCUGUCACGUUAAAGUCUCUCGGAGCGUCUAACAAAUAUUAUAUAUUAGAAUAUUAUACAGCGAAAUAUCAAACAAUCUAGACGAAUUAGGUGAACAAGACAGGGUUCACCACACUACGUUCGGAGAUAACCGAUCACGAUAAGCACUUCUUUAUCUCUUUAUCUCUCUCUCUCUCUUUUAUCAAAAUACAAUCGGUUGGUCCAUUAAGUUACUCGCGAAGCGUACAACCGAAUGAAGAAAAAUCUAUAGAAAGUUACACAAGAUGCCAAUUAUGACUGCGACGGUCAGAUUAUCUCUAAAACGCGGAACGAACAUGUACAUAUGAACGUAGCAUAAUAAUACAAUUCUAAACGUGUGUAAGUCUGUGCGCAAGAAGUGCUGUUAACGUCACGAGUAGCCCCGGAAGGCGCUCGCUUUGAGUUUCAUUGCUUCAUAAAGAUCAGCUGUGCGUUCGAUCGGGCGGCAGCACGUUUUGGGCGCAGAUCGAAACUCUCGCGGCUUCGACAGUCACGCUGUUUCAUACGCGAGGCUUCGCGAUAAGUAAGUAAGACGAUAUAUAGUAUUCACCCCAGUCAGAUUCAGCAGGAUAUUUUUCAAUAUUUUUGCGCCGCGACGCGACACGACACGGUGUCUAUCGAAUGAGCAUCUUACGGCUGUUACGCGUGCGCGACAAGUACGAAUAACAUUGUUACCGUGAGCGAAGAAUCGUGUGGACAGCCGAGUGACACUCGAUCGUGAUAAAUAGUAAUAGAUCGAACGGAUCCAGGCACUCGAGACGAGUGAGAUUCAAGCGUAGCUCCCUCAUUUUUAUUGCCGCGUAUUGUGAUAUAGCUCUUAGCGACUUUAGACGUUCAGUUUGGGAGUUUAUCCAAUCGUCGAACGGAAACGUUAGUGCAAAGGACGCAUGCAAUAUACUAUUUCUAAAGAGUAAUAUAUAUACAUAAUAUACAUAUAAAUUAUUAAUAUAUAUACAAAUUAUUUAUAUAUAAAUUAAGUUACACACACACGCGCAGAUCCUAUUUAUUUUGGGCGUAACUUUCUGCAACCGGCGUUAAUUGACACUUUUCAUACGGUUCAAUUUUUAUAAAGACGGUGGCGAUUAUGCUUAUCAACAAGGAAUUGUUUCACGGCUCGCGAAGGGUCCUCACGUGUACGUCACGUGCGUGCGCGCGAUACGGUUUCAUUACAAACAAGUGUCGGAGCUAUCGGAUACCGCGUUCCGAAAACGUGCGCACGCAACCUUCCGCAAUGUAAUCUACCCGAAGGCCCGCCCCAAUGUGAAUCGAACUCGGCGAGCCGCGGGCUCCGAAUGUUUACACGUACAAAACGCGACAAAGCGUAAACCGAUCAUCCGAAUUAUUCGCCCGAAAGUACAUCGCGCGAAGAGACAAAGGAAAUAAAUAAUAAUAACGCGACUGUCUCCGCCGAUCUCGGCGAAUUGUUCUUCGCGAAAACUCGGGGCUCUUGUGCGGCGUCUACAAUGAGAUCUUUAAGGCGUAAGAUUUAAGAAAGUGGCCUAUCACAAUCGAACGCGAGGGGAAUAAUCGACUGGUCAUCUUCUUGUGCAAGUCUUACGUCUUGGGCUGCGAUCAAGCUGCCGCGACAAAUUCUUCAAAGCGUUUCUCCUCUCCUUUUAUCUUUAUUGAAAGAAAGGAAAAGAAUAAUAGUUCGAAGCGUUUAUCGCGGCAGUUUGACCGCAGCCCAAGACGUAAGACUUGCACAAGAAGAUGACCAGUCGAUUAUUCCCCUCGCGUUCGAUUGUGAUAGGCCACUUUCUUAAAUCUUACGCCUUAAAGAUCUCGUUGUAGACGCCGCACUAGGUGCUUCGUGCGAAUGAAGAUGGUCGGAAUUUUGUCGGAACGCAAGCGCGAUUGCCGAGAGGGACGGAGGAUCGAUCGAGACUCCAGCGUGAUCGCAGCGCGUCGUCGGGACGGCGUUUUUUCGUCCCGCGUCUUUUCGCAACGACGCGAUGCGCAUAUCGCUCAGCGAAAACAAAUUGUACUGUAUAUACCUAAUAUUGUAUAUGUGAAUGUAACUAUAUGUAUAUACAUACAUAUAUAUAUCAUUAUCCUCUAUUAAAAUCUCCUUUUAAGAAACGCGGCGUCCAACGGAACGUGAGACUCGCCCGUCGAGCAGCCGUUCGAAUCCCUGUUUAAAAUAUUAGAUGGAAAUAAUCAGAUUACAUUAGAUUACAUGCAAUUUCCAUGUAAAUUCAUAAGACACUUAUUAAUUUUUAUUCUUAUUAAUUCUUUUGCUACUAGAAAAGAGUCUUACAUGCAAUAAGACUGUUAAUCAUUUACAUUGAAACUGAUUACAGUACAUUGGCUAAACAUUGGUCCAAUGUUG